AUGGCUGAUCUUGCCUUUCCUUUGGCAACCAAACUCAUUGAAAAGCUCGGUUCCUCUGCUUUUAAGCAGAUCUGCUUGGCAUGGGGCGUUAAAGCUGAUCUGAAAAAGCUUCAGCGCACAAUGUCCACCAUCAAAGAUGUCCUCUUGGAUGCCGAACAGAAGCAAGCUCAUAACCAGCAGAUACGCAGUUGGCUAAGACAGCUUAAAGAUGUAUUUCUUGAUGCCGAGGAUUUGUUGGAUGAGUUUGAGUGCGAAGCUUUGCGGAGGGAAGUGGUGGAAACAUUUCAUGGUACAACUGGAAAGGUACGCCGUUUCUUCUCUCGUUCUAAUCCAAUUGCAUUCCGUUUCAGAGUAGGCAAUGAAAUCAAGGAGAUUAGAGAGAGGUUAGAUGAGCUCAAGUCCAAUAAAGCUAUAUUUGAUUCUCUCACCAUUCUUCCUCAUGGAGAUGGAGGUGAUCAUCAUGAAAGACCCUUCGUUCCUGCUUCAAAGGUUAUUGGUAGAGAGUCUGAGAAGGAAAAAAUUGUAAAUCUGUUGAUGCAACAAGGUGAUGAUGAUCAAAGCCGGAAUUCUAAUAAUAAAGUCUCUGUCAUUCCGAUAGUGGGGAUUGGGGGUUUAGGGAAGACCACACUUGCCAAGUGGGUGUACGAUGAUAAAAGGGUCGUUGGGCAUUUCGAAUUGAGGACGUGGGCAUCUGUUCCGGUGGACUUUGAACUUACUAGAUUGACAAGACUGAUUCUCGGUUCUGCAUUAGAUACAGAGAUCAGUGAUAAAUUGACUCUGGAUCAGUUGCAAGGAAGGCUACGUGACGCUUUAAAGGAUAAGAAAUUUCUGCUUGUCUUGGAUGAUGUUUGGAAUGAUGAUGCUUUGAAGUGGAGUCAGUUGAGAGAUCUAGUGAUAGAGGGAGCCAAGUCAGGAAGUAAGAUUUUAGUGACGACAAGAAGUACCGCAUUUGCUGAGAUCAUGGGUACCAUUCCAUCAAACAUUAAUUUAGAAUUUCUUUCUUUCGAGGAUUGUUUGUCUUUGUUUGUAGAAUGUGCUUUUAAAGAGGGACGUGAUAAAGACUAUCCUAACCUCUUUGAAAUGGGAAAGGAUAUUGUCAGAAAGUGCGGAGGGGUUCCAUUGGCAGUGAAAACUUUAGGGAGUCAACUACACUCAAAAACCGAUGAGCGCGAAUGGAAAUUGGUGAGAGAUUCUGAGAUAUGGAAAUUAGAUCGGGAAGAUGCCUGUCACAUUUUACCUGCUUUGAGAUUGAGUUAUACCCGAUUACCUCAUCAUUUGAGACAAUGUCUUGCUUACUGUUCACAUCUUCGAAAGGAUAUGAUUAGAUUUAGUAGUUUUCAAUUGAUCAUAUAUUGA